AAAGGCGAAAAAGGUGAACCGGGUCUGUCCGUCUCGGCUCCAGUUCUUCUGGAGCGUCCUGUUGAAUCAACAGUCAAUGAAAGUCAGAUAGUCGUCUUAACAUGUACAGCGGACGGUUACCCAACUCCACAAGUCACAUGGUCAAAGAUGAAUUCAUCGCUUCCUGUGGGACGUCACAUGGUAGAGUCUAGUGGUGCUCUGGUUGUGACGGACGUUAGACCUGGAGACGAGGGUGUUUACAGCUGCAGAGCUGAGAAUUUGCUUGGGAGCGUCAACUCUACAGCGAAUCUCACAGUUCAGUGUAAGUUAAGUUAUACUUUGAGUAGGACUUUAGAAUUUUUCUUUCAGCAAACGGGGACUAAGUUUAAUCAUACAGAAAAGAUUUUUAAGUGAGCAAAACGUGACUGUACUGAUAAUGGUAUCUGCAUGCACCCCCCACCCCUUGGGCGGGACUCCCAUAGAAAAGUGACGGGUAUGCUCGUCGGAAAAUUAGAUUGAACUCCUAGGGAAGACCAAUGUGGGUGUGGCUCAAGAUUAAACUGACCCUUAAGGGAGACCAUACUAAAACAGACAUCACAGCAUUUUUUGUCAGCGAUACUUGAAUAGAGAAUUUCCCUCCCAAACACCCUAAUUGAGAUCAAAAUCUGCAAUUUACAACCCUAAGCGAGACGAUGAGGAUCCCCGUCACUUUUAUAUGGGACUCAUGCCACUUAACGGCAUGACUACCUAAAUGUGCAUAUUUUGAUAAAAUGCUACUUAGAACGGUUUCCUUCUAUCAAUAAUCCUGAAAAUGGGACUACAUUUAAUGUAGCUUAGUGGCCUUAGCAAUGUGAGACAUGUUAGAAGCUCAAAUUUUUGUCACGUGACUUAUAACUGAGAAUUAACGGUCAAAAUGUUUACUCUAACAUGGGGAAAGGAUAAUGGUAGAGCAACAAGUUUUUUUAGGUUCUGAAAAAUUCGUCUUGUAUAUGUGUUUACGAUAUAUAGGAAUCGGUAAAUAAAGAGGAAAGGGUCACGUGAGUUGUUAAUUAGUUAAAUAGCUAAUAGGAUAAAUAACAUUUCCAAUCAUACAAGGCGAAUUUACAAUUUACACUGUUUAUGUAACAUUUUGGUGGUGAAAAUUCCCGUUUGGGAAAACGUGUUUUGUGACGUCAUUGACGAAGCAAUGUCACGUGUUAUUUGAAACUAAGUUUUACGUGUUUUUUUCGUUGAGCCACAUUUGUAGCUCACUUUUUAGGAUCAGUGAUAGAAGCAAACCGAUUAAAAUGGCAUUUUACACAAUAUAAAUAUUUAAUUAGGUAGUCAAGCCUUAAGUGCUGAGGAGUCGCCUCCCCGGGCCGCAAGCAUUUUUUGUCGCAAAACAGUAGGUUGUCCUAGUUAGAAAUGUAAGCCGUGAGCGUUAGCACAGUGUUUUCAUAGUCAAAAUAUUCUGAUUUGCCAGAACCGAUUUUAAAUCGAGAUAUGGUAUCGAAUAAUAACAUAAAGACAACUCAGUGAAAUUUUAAAAAAAACCUUUCGAUGGUUAAACACAAAAACGACUCAAGGUAGGCUGUUUUUACAAUUAUGUUGAGGCCCGACCAAUGGAAGUCAAAUCAAAGCUAUCGAAGAAAGGUAUCUCUCAUAGCAUUUGCUUAUUCGUAUUUUUUUCCACGUAAUGUUUCCUCAGCGUCGUUUGUUCUGCACUGGAUAAAAGGAGGGUUUCGUUUUUAAUCCUUGCAGAUGGCCCUCAACUUGAUUUGGCAUCCAAUCGAUUGAUGGCCGAAGAGAAACAAAACGUCACAAUGGCCUGUACUGCUACUGGUAAGCCGCAACCCAAGAUCACAUGGUCCAGAGCGGCGGAUGAACUACCUUCAGAAAGAACUGUUAUGAGAGACGGAGCACUGAUAAUCUCCAAUGUAUCGAGAAAAGACGGAGGCCUAUACAUUUGCGAGGCAGAGAAUAUUUUGGGAUCAGCUUUAGGUACAGCUCUACUUAUGGUAUUUUCUCCUCUGCGCUUCAAGUUCCGCCCCCCUGAAGAGGUGACUCCAUUUAUUGGCUCCAGUCUCCAUCUAUCCUGUGUAGCCGUGAGUGACCUAAGACCGAGAAUAACUUGGACAAGGGAUGGAGUGUCCUCACUUCCAGGGGAAUCUUUUGUUCUACAGAAUGGAACACUUGUAAUUCAAAACAUUAAAAAAUCACACCAAGGAUUUUACACCUGUAGAGCGACUAAUGCUGUGAAAACAAUAAAAGCUAAAGUCAAAAUCAAUUCUCCAUUUAUACCACCUGCCUCCUGUUCUAUGAUAAGAAAACGUGUUAGAAGUGUGAGCGGAAAUUAUGUCAUUGAUCCUGAUGGCCAGGGUGGUCUGGCACCGUUUUCUGUUUAUUGUGACAUGACUGACAAGAAUGGAAUUGGCGUGACAGUCAUCAGUCACGACUGUGAGAACAGGACAUACGCGACUCAAGGAAUAUCGUGUAACGUUCACUACACGGGAGCGAGUUUGCCUCAGUUGGCUAGUCUCACCAGAGUCUCCUCACACUGUCAACAGUUUAUCAAGUAUGAGUGCUAUCAUUCGGUUAUGUGGUUACACGCGCCAUACACCAGGUGGGUGUCUCGUGAUUCUAAAAAGAUGAAGUACUGGGGUGGAGCAUCACCUGGCAGUGGUAAGUGCGCAUGUGGGAUGACCAACUCAUGCGCAGAUUCCAGCCUUGGCUGUAAUUGUGAUAAGAAUGACCAUGCAUGGCGAGAAGACAGCGGUUUGCUUACUGACAAGACGACGCUGCCUGUAAAACAACUCUUUUUCGCUGAUCUCGGUGGGUUCGAAAAAGGCUACCACACUCUAGGAAAAUUUAGGUGCUAUGGCACUGCGUGA